AUGAUUGAUUAUAUAUUUCUGAUUAUAGAACCUUUAGGGUAUACCAUCGUGCUAUAUUGGGUAAUUUUGCUAUUAGAGGAAAUAUAUAAAUGCUUGCAACCAUUUCCAGAUAUUAAGAAAAAGUAUGGAUAAGAUUGUUGGGCGGUAAUCACAGGAGCAACAGAUGGAAUAGGAAAAGCUUAUUGUUAAGAAUUAGUUAAAUAGAAUGUCAAUGUUUGUAUGAUAAUUAGAAACAAGGAAAAAGGAGAAAAGUUAGUCUAAGAAUUAAGUGCAAAUUCAACAUCAAAGUUUAGAAUUGUUAUAGCAGAUUUUGUAAGAUGUACAGAAGUAGACUUUUUCGAUAAAAUUAACGAAUAAAUUAAGGAUCUUGACAUAGGAGUCCUUAUAAACAAUGUUGGAGUUUCUAUGAAAAACCCUUUUGAGAGACAAUCAGAGGUUGACAUUCGACAGAUGCUUACAAUCAAUAUAUUCCCUGUGCUUUUUUUAACAAAAAAGGUACUCCCAAUUAUGAAAUCAAGAAAAAGUAGAUCUGCUAUCAUCAAUUUAUCUUCAAUUGCAGGUAGAUUACCGUUACCAUAUCAUCAAACCUAUUCGGCAACAAAAGCUUUUGAUGACCAUUUUUCAUAAUCUUUAGCAAUUGAAACUGAGGGAAUAGAUAUUUUGUCACACCGACCUUUUUUUGUCACAACUCCUUUGACCAAUUAUGAAAAGGAGGCUGGAGCUAUAACUCCGGAACAAUGUGCUAGAGGAGGAUUAUCAAGACUGGGUUUGGAAGUGACUAGCCAUGGAUAUUGGUAUCAUAGAGUAAUGGGAUUCUUAUUAACUUAUAUUAUCCCAUAGUUUAUUAGAACAAGAUAAUUAAAAUAGGUUUUAAUUAAAAGAGCAAAAAAGAAUCAAUGAUUAUGAAUUUGUGUUUAAUUGUCAAAAACAAAAAUGUUUAAGAAA